AUGCUUCGGAUUUAUGAGGAAAACGGGAAUUUCGGUGAGUUUUUGGAAGAAAUUUUGAAGAAAAACUAUGAUUUUUUAGGGAACGAGGAUUUCGCGUUCGAUUUAGCUACAACUUCGGAAUUACACGGGUUCUUGGAGGAGAGAGAUUUGUUCAAGAAAAUCAGGGAUUUUUAUAAUGUGAAGGAUGGGAAGGUGAGCAAAAUGGUAUAUUUCGAUACUUUAUGUCACCAGAAAAAAUUCCAGCGAAUUCGUAUCCAUCUCAAACUCCAUCGAAUCACCCAAAACCUAGACAUGUCCUGGGAACGAAAAAAUGCGCGAACUCUACCAAACCAAUCUUAA